AUGCGGUCCACGUACGGCCCUUCUCUUUUCAUUAGCACUCAUUCACACCGCUGGCUCCGGGAUCGAUACUCUCUCACCUGGGCCUGUCGGGACCUGCUCUGGAGCCUGUUACAGUGUGACCUCCAUGCCCUGGAGAACUACAUACAGCCACAACCAUCCAAACACUUGGUAAACAACCUGUUCUGCUGGGACAAAGACCGGGUCCUGUGCCACACCCCCAUCUGCAAGCCCACCCAUGCCAAUUGGACCGAGGGCGACUGUAAGCAGUGUAGCCCCGUCAACCUGACCAGGGCUGGCGAGUUCUGCAGCACCAGGAGCCACGUGGCCUACAAGACGGUUCACUCGGGGCGUGAGGGCAAUGUGCGACUGGUGGUGUUGGACACGGUGCGCCCCCUUCUGGAGGAUCCUCGCCUCAACAUUAAAGUGCUCCAGCUGGUGCGAGACCCUCGAGGGAUUCUGAACUCCCGGAUCGACCUCUUCUCCAGCUGGUACAAACCCUGGUACAUGUUGCUGCGUUACGAAGACAUAGCCAUGAACCCGCUGCAGAAAACCAAGGAGAUCUAUGAGUUUGUAGGUCUGAAAAUGACUCCCAGUGUGGCGAAAUGGAUCGAUGAAAACACCAAAUCCUCCACCGAGUCCAAAAACAAACUGGGCACCAAGCGGGACUCUGCCACCGUAACCGAGAGCUGGCGCCGGAAGCUGCCCCUCGACUUGGUGUUGGAGGCCCAGAAGCAGUGUCUCCACUACAUGAGGCUUGUGGGAUACCGGCCGAUCCAGUCCCGAGAAGAUCUACUCAACAUGAACGUCUCCACGGUUGAAGAGAGACUAUUUGAACCGUUUCUGUAG